AUGAGGAUCAGAAGCCACCUAAUGAUCCAGACGAAGACGCUGCCGCAAGAAUGCGGCUGAAACGUAAAUUGCAGCGGAAUCGUACUUCUUUCAGUCAAGAACAAAUUGAAGCUUUAGAAAAAGAAUUCGAGAGGACACAUUACCCGGAUGUUUUUGCUCGUGAAAGAUUGGCUACAAAGAUUGGUUUACCUGAAGCGCGCAUACAG